GAGUCUGGAUGGGGGCACUGGGGCUGCAGGCCCCGGGCGGGAGGCCCCAGGGGAGGGGCUGCUUCCUGCUGGCUGUGGCAGGGGCCACUUCGCUGGUGACCCUGCUGCUGGCGGUGCCCGUCACUGUCCUGGCAGUGCUGGCCUUGGUGCCGCAGGAGCAGGGAGGAUGGGGCUGCGCGAGCUGCGGGAGGAGGCGCCAGAAAAAGAUCCCCGGGCCCUGCUCCCGGCUGCCCACCUCAUAGGUAACGCCGUGCGCGCUGCACCCGCGUGUGGCGCGAGAGGCCCGAUCUGCCCG